CAGAAACUUCCUGUGGAGGAGACAGUGCUGGGGCUCCUGCAGAGAGCCUGCCUGUUAUUGUUUACCGUCACAAUAAUGUAAAGUAGGUCAUGUAAAAAAGGGAAAGUCAGCUAGCCACUCAUUCAGUCGUAAUAAAACAACUAUCUGGCAAUAAGUGGCUUCACCGAACUACGUCUCUUCGCUGCUGUCAGUGACUUUCCGCCAACAACAGGCAGCAGCUGGACUGAUGCUGUUCUCUCAGCAUCUGGACAGAUCCUGAAGUGUCUCAGUUGCUGCCAUGUCCAGGAGGAGCAGGAACAGUCGUGCAUGGCGAUAUGUUUGGGGUGGGAUAAGACGAGACGCUGAUGCCCGGUCACUUGAAGAAUGGAGCUAUGACCGCCUAGAGUACAGUGAUUCCGACUCUGAGGCAGACUUCUCAGCAGUGAUGGUGCCUCCAGUCCCCAGCGCAGUGCCUGUCACCGGAGAGUCCUACUGUGGCUGUGACUCCCAGGCUGAGACCAACUACAACACUCGUCUGCGAGGCUUUCACCAGGUUAAAGACUGCCACUGUGGAGAAGAGGACCAGGAGUUCGACUGGUUCUGGGAUGCCAACAGCAGAUCUACAGCAACAUUGCUGAGCUGCGACAAUCGCAAAGUGAACUUCCACUCUGAGUACAGCUGUGGCACGGCAGCCAUCCGUGGCUCCAAAGAGCUGGCAGAGGGGCAGCACUUCUGGGAGAUCAAAAUGACGUCCCCAGUGUAUGGAACAGAUAUGAUGGUUGGUAUCGGUACCUCUGAUGUCAAUCUAGACAAAUACAGACACACGUUCUGCAGCCUGCUGGGAAAAGACACAGACAGCUGGGGUCUUUCUUACACAGGCUUGUUGCAUCACAAAGGAGACAAGACCAACUUCUCCUCCCGGUUCGGACAGGGGUCAAUCAUUGGAGUCCAUCUGGACACGUGGCACGGCACACUCACUUUCUUCAAAAACCGCAAGUGUAUAGGUGUGGCUGCCACGGAGCUACAUAACAAGAGGUUUUAUCCGAUGGCGUGCUCCACGGCAGCGAAGAGCAGCAUGAAGGUGAUCAGAUCGUGCUCCGCCCCGACCUCCCUGCUCUACCUCUGCUGCGCCCGCCUGCGCCAGCUGCUUCCGGACUGCAUCGACACCCUGGACGUGUUGCCUCUGCCGCCGGGGCUCCGUCAGUUACUCCACAACAAACUGGGUUGGGUGCUCAGUCUCAAUAACCGCACCACAGAAGAAACCCCAGAUGGGCCUGAGCCCCCGUUGCCUGACCCCCCGCUGCCCGGACCGUUGUCCUCUGAGAGUGACUCGGAGGAAGGCUGUAUGUCCGACCUGGAAGCCUGUCAGAGGAAGAGAUGUCGCUGGACAUGAUGGACGGCUUGACUCCUACCUGUUCUCAAACACUGGCUGAGUGUUUCCUGCCUGCCGCAAGCUUUCCUCAACAUCUGAAGGAAGGAUCGAAGCGGUACGUUGCUGUAAAACUGUGACGGCGGUAUCUCUGCUCACACAACCUUACUGUGAUCUUCUCUCACGCCGGUUCAGAUGUCUCCAUGCUCGUUUUUAUCCAAACCAGCUUCAGUAAUACGUGAAAAGGUGUGGUGUUAUUUUGUUAGCUAGCAUACAUUGUUGCCAUUCGUGUAUAGGGAGUGAAGGAACAGACUGUACAGUGUAAAACUGAAGUCAAGCAUGGCAACAUUCUGCUGGUCAUCAUGGUAUACUUGCAAAAGCAGAUACUGUAUAUUUUCAACAUGUAUGCAAUUUAUGAAUUAUGUUCUCAAUGCAUUAUCAAAGUCAUCUGUGAAUGAAGAGACACGCUUUAGGUCAUGGAGGAUUUUUAUUUCUUACCCUCAUGUUACAGCUCUAAAGGUCAAACUGUCCAAAAUGUUUGACAGAUCAAAAGCUUAAGAAAUGUUUAAUGUAGGUUCAAGAACCUGAAUGUAUUUUAUAGCUUUUAGUGCUGCAAAAAAGAGGCAGCAAUCAUCUCCAAUCAACCCAUACACACAUGAUUCCUCUGUAUAAUUAUUUAGUUUGUUCUUUCCUUGAGAAAAAUGUUACAAUUCAAAUAUUUGUUACACUUUCAGCAACGUCCGCCCGUCACCAGUUUUUAUAAUUCUCCGGUUGUACUCUCAUGCUACUUAUGUAUUUCGUCUUUUCUAAAAGGUAUUAGCUGUAUACAUUAUAAGUUGAAUCUGAUCAUGAAGAUUACGCACAUUUAACGUUGGCUGUUUCUCCUUCUAGUUUUUUUAGACCUUUCUUAAAAAUUCAGUUUCUUUCAUUGAAAAAAAUCUGUGAUUGUAAGCUGUUUUAGUUUUCUUUUGUACUGACCUGUUUAUUGCAAGUGAGUUCUUUUGGCCUUGUCCCUUCACGUCCUUUACCAACUCUUCUUGACUCUAAUUAAUUACUCUAAAUCCUUUUAGUAUGAAACACUCAGCCCCUGUUGGCAUAAAAUGUGGCUGAAAAAGUCCCUUGUUUCCCCAAAUAUGGUCAACACAAAGUAAAUUCUAAUGAUAUAUGAGUCUAUAACAACAGAAAACUUCCCACAAUGCUCCUGCAGCAUUAUAUACAUGUCUUAGCUCUGUGUGUGUGUCUACUUAUGGUAUGUAUUUUUGAUUAUAGCUCAAGAACAGUGUCUUGUGACAAUCACAAUUCCAACUAGGGCUGGGAUUUGGACAUAUUUUGUCACAGUUACUAUCAUCUUUUAGAACUUAUUGGUCACAUGAAGGAGCAGUAGAGGUGUUCAUUAUGCUGAAAGAGUGGUUUUCAGCCAAUUAGAACAUUUUACAGCCUGUGUUGCUAGAUCAUGAAUAGCUAAGUAGGGGAUUAUUACCCCUGAGUCAGAUAUGUAAAUAAUCAUUUUAGCUUUUGUGGACUAUUGGACAUAAGUAUUUAAAUAAUAUUUGGCCGAGGCUUUGAAGCUACAGUCUGCCAAAUACUGCCUCAGUCACCUGUCUUUGAUCAGUCCUCUGAGGUUUUGGUUUGAGUAAACGUACACUAAGAAUUAAGGUACUAUGCAAUACCAGCAUCUUAUGGAUAAUGGAUUUCAGAAGGAAUUUGUGUUUUAAGAUGUUAUGAUGGAGGCUCUGACACAACAACAGCAGUGAAGGUACCAGAGGACCACGAUCAUUAGUCACGAGUAGUGUGACACGAAGCAAUUAAGUCUGUCUGAUUUAUCAGAUGUAACUCUAUAGAUCUAGAAGUGUAAUCACAAAGAGGUUAGUUGUAAUCAAAAAGAUGUCCAUUGUUUUAUUUCACUGUAUUUGUCUUUACAUUGAUGCAUCCAAGCACUUUUUCUUACUGUUGUACUGUAAAUAGUCAAAUUCUAAGUGUGUCUUCUAUACCAUGUCAUAUUAAUUAUACUAUAUGUGAAGGCCUUUACUUUCCUUUUUCUGUAUAACUUAUCAGCAUGAUUUUCAGCUGAAAAUAAAAUGAAUGGUAAAUAUGCACAAAGAACUGGAUGUUUUUAUUAUUAAGAACAUUUUUGUUUCAAGAUGUCAAAUUAUUAUGAUCAACUAAAAGACGUUGUAUUUACUUUUCAUUUUACAUACAAUAUUGCUGUAUCUCGAGUGUAUUAGAAGAAGGUAAGAAAAAUGACCUGAAAUUGGGGCGAUUUUGUUUCAUAAAAUUACAAUUUGCUCAUUGAUAUUCAGAUUAGAAAUACAAAUAACAUUCUUUGAUGUAUCGUGUUGUCAAAAUAAAAAAUCAUUUGGUUCACAUUCA